UCAUUGUUAUUCGGAUCACAUCAUUAGUCUUACCGACACCCAUUCUUUCUCUUUCCGUGUCUUUCUCUUUCUCUCUCUACAACUCACCAUAGCCAAAUUCUUGUGUUUUUGAAGGCUGAUUUCAUGGUUCAAUUGAGUACCGAUAUUUGCGCCGAAGGAGAUCUGAGGUUUUGCUGCUAAUAAGCUGAGAACGAAGGAAUUAAAAGGGGGUAAUAGUGAUGAAGAUGAAACUGAGGACACCGGUUUUGUCGUUGUUGCUAAUUACUGUUCUUGCCCCUAUCGUCCUUUACACCGACACUCUUGCGACUUAUUUCAAUUCUCCUUCUUCAUCGAGGACGGAGUUCAUUGAAGAUCUGUCCACCUUUUCUUUUGGUGGUGACGUCCGACCUCUUAAUGUGCUGCCUCAGGAGUCAUCCACAUCACUCAAAGAACCACCGGGCGACGUAUAUUCAGACACCAUUUCUAAUGCCUCGGACACCAUAAGCAGCGAGGAUGCUCGUAAAGCAAGACAACUAACUGAAGCAGAAUCAUUGAAACAUCAAACUGCCACUGGAAACAGCGACAGUGGAGUAGAAGUGGCUAUGAAUGAAAAUCAAAUAAGUCAGGUUACUGAUAACUUGCACGAACCGCAACAAGUCGACAAAAAUUCACCAAAACUUGUUUCAGCUGGGAAAAGUGAAAGCAGAGCAAUGGAAACCAGCUCAAAGAAAAAGACGAGUCCAACAGAUUCUGACCACACCUUGGAUGCCACAUCUGCGAAAACGGAAAUAAGGCAUGAUCAACGCACUGUUCAAACCAGUGGUAGAGUUGCAUCUGGAGAGACAACAAGGAGCAAAGUUGAAGAGCGGAAUACACAAGUGGUUCCCCCUGAUGCUCGUGUUCGCCAGCUUAAGGAUCAGCUCAUUAGGGCGAAGGUCUACCUUUCACUUUCAGCAACACGAAACAACCCCCACUUCAUUAGAGAACUUCGUUUGCGGGUGAAGGAAGUAACACGAUCACUUGGUGAGGCUACUAAGGAUUCUGAUCUGCCAAGGAGUGCCAAUGAGAGGUUGAAGACAAUGGAGCAAACAUUGGCCAAAGGGAAGCAAAUUCAAGAUGAUUGUGCUACUAUUGUAAAGAAGCUUCGUGCCAUGCUUCACUCAGCAGAAGAGCAGCUUCGUGUCCACAAGAAGCAAACAUUGUAUUUAACACACUUAACUGCUAAGACACUUCCAAAGGGUCUUCAUUGUCUUCCUUUGCGCCUUUCAACAGAGUAUUUCAAGUUAAAUUCAUCCCAACAGCUUUUUCCACGUCAAGAGAAUUUAGAAAAUCCCAAGCUGUACCACUAUGCACUCUUCUCAGACAAUAUAUUAGCAGCUGCCGUCGUCGUAAACUCAACUGUUUCGCAUGCAAAGGAUCCUUCAAAGCACGUUUUCCAUAUAGUAACAGACAGGCUUAAUUUUGCGGCAAUGAGAAUGUGGUUUUUGGCAAAUCCACCGCAGUAUGCUACAGUAGAUGUUCAAAAUGUUGAGGAAUUCACAUGGCUAAAUUCAAGUUACAGUCCAGUUCUGAAGCAAUUGGAAUCUCAGUCCAUGAUAGAUUAUUACUUCAGAUCUCGUGCUGAUUCUGAUCCAAAUGUGAAGUUUAGGAAUCCAAAGUACCUUUCAAUCAUGAAUCACUUGCGCUUUUACUUACCGGAGAUCUUCCCAAAGCUGGAUAAAGUUCUCUUCUUGGAUGAUGAUAUUGUUGUGCAAAAGGAUCUUGGUGGACUUUGGUCGCUUGAUCUUAAGGGUAAGGUGAUCGGUGUGGUUGAGACUUGUGGAGAAAGCUUUCAUCGGUUUGACCGCUACCUCAAUUUCUCAAAUCCUCUCAUCUCCAAAAAUUUUGAUCCCCGUGCUUGUGGUUGGGCAUUUGGAAUGAACAUCUUUGAUCUGAAUGAGUGGAGGCGGCAAAACAUCACAGAGGUGUAUCACUCAUGGCAAAAUCAGAAUCAUGAAAGACUACUCUGGAAGUUAGGGACCCUACCACCUGGCUUGAUAACCUUUUGGAAGCGCACAUAUGCCCUUGACCGAUCGUGGCAUGUCCUUGGGCUUGGCUACAAUCCCAAUGUUAACCAGAAGGAUAUUCAACGAGCAGCAGUCAUACAUUACAACGGAAACUUGAAACCAUGGCUUGAAAUAAGCAUACCCAAGUUCCGAGACUACUGGUCAAAAUUUGUUGACUAUGAUCAGGUAUUUUUGCGAGAGUGUAAUAUCAAUAAAUUGGCUGGUUCAUGAAGUGUUGCCUGCACAUAUACAGCGAGCAUUCAUUUAGUAUACAGGCCUGUUCUUCCUCAAUAAGUGUAUGAUUUUGUUCUUGUUCUCUCAGUGAGGAGUUAUUCAGGUAUAUAGAUGUUGAGUGGAAUAUUAGAGUGAACAUUCUGUAUUGCAUUUAUUCUUGACAUCCAUUGUUGGAUGACAGCUUGAGCCAGAUUUGUUGUAAAUGACUAACCGUAGCUCUCCCUUUGAAUUUCUUUGUUGUUUGUUGUAUAUUAAUGGCUGCCACACUCUAGAGCCAUGUAUUUUUUCAUUGCUCAGUUUAAUACACUAAUCUCUUCUA